CAAGAGCACUUGAGCUGAAGCGCCCACCGGGUCGCAGGGUGCGAAUCCAUCGCAUCGGAGCAAACAAGGGCGAUCCCCCCGAGUCACACUGGGUGGGGACAGGCUCCAGGCUGGGGACCUUUCAGCAGCACCCCAGACUCUUGUCCCCCCUCUGCUGGCCCUGAGUCUUCUAGACGACGGUAGUGUUGUGGGGGCUGGGAGCAGGCUUUACUGAUAGAGGCAAACAGCCUCAAAUUCUUCCAUCGGUGCACCCCAUUUCUCUGAGCUGCCCUUUGCUGCUGGGGUACGCGUUAACUCCCUGUUCCUGCCCGCCCUUUGUAGUUUUAACUCCCUGCCUUUCCUUCUGUAGUUUUAGCUCCAGCUGGGCUUUAGACACGACAUUGUCCAAGCAGCGAUGGUCUGUCCUGGCCUUCCUGCUUCUUGCCUGCUCUCUCCUUCCCCGAGACGUCCCGUGCCCGGCUAAGCCUGCCUGCCGCAGCUCCCCAGCCCCUGCGCAACAGCCGGGCUUGUUCCCUGUCCAUUUUCUUUAAAAUCAGCCCGGCCGCCAUCCCCUUGUAGUGACCCAGGUCCAACGUCCACUCUCCCAGUCGGACGAGGCCACCACUGCCAGCCCCGUGUCACAGACCUGCUCCCGUGUUUGCACCAGGACAUCGCCACCGACGGGACCUGGGCGCUUUGUGGAUGCCGGCACGGCGCCAUCCCCGCGCAGCCAAAAUUCCCAGAGGACCAACGCCGGCAUCUGGAGGACUUGGAGUAAUUGCAAGCAAAUGGAGACUGAAGCAAACUCAUAUGAAAUUAUUUUUGCGUUUAUAUUCCGUUGAAUGAGCAGCGUCAUUGGAAACGCGGCUGGAAUGGAAGUGGGGGGUGGUUGGAUCUGGGGGGUAAGAAGUGGUGGGGGAAAAUGCAGCCGGGAAUACGCCAGCCUGGGGGUGCACGGGUGCGACUGGGGAGCAGGGAUGGGGCUUGGCCCCGGGUUUCUGGGUCUGAAUAACAACAGCCGGUGCUUGGGGAGGGGCUGGAGGUGGGUGACACCCUGGGGCAAUGUGUUGUGGGUGCUGGGGGAGCCGUGGGCGCAGGGCUGAGGGUUUGGGUGGAGCAGGGCUCACCGUGCUGCUGCUCCCUGAGUCCGGUGGCUUCCUAAACAUCCAAGCCCCCCCAGAUCCCUGCAGAUCAACUGAAAAAGCUUGUUUUCCCUACUGAGUCCCUUCCCCUGCUGUAACAAACGUUUUGGUAUGCAUAGCCUUUCAUUCACAGGGCUGUUUUCUUUGUUCAGAUGAGUUUAACUAAAGUAAUGUCAAAAUACUCUUUCAAGAAAGAAACUAAAGCACUUCCCUUCUGAAAACGUCAAAAUGCUUCAUUUGGAUUUCCCCCCAAGCCCCCCAAACCCAUUUUUCCUUUCCCCCAGCCCAAACUAUUCGUUGAACUCGGCACAAAGCCCUGAACGGUUUUGUUUGCUGCACAACCACGUUGUGGGGGAAUUGUUCGGCCAGAAAGCGGGCAGGGACCGGGGGGCAGCACCCCGGCAGCGUGUGUCCCCCCCCUUUCUCCACUUUUGCACCAGAUUUGCUCCCGUGGCGGCAGGUUUGCCUGCGAGCGGCUCGGUGCGGGUACGUGCCGCGGUGCUGCCGUCGGGGACCCCAGGGCUGGAGCCCGGCUUCACUUCGGAGCCUGGAUUUUCUGAUAAAUUUGUAAUAAACAGCAGCCGGCUCCGACCCCACGGGGUCACGGGUGUUGGCGUGGGCCGUGCUCGCUGCUGGCGGCGAAGCAGCCGGCGGGGAGAGCGCGUGUUUGAGCUGAACAAGAAAGUUACAGAAAAGGGGAUCCUCCGUGCUUUGUGAGCUGUAGGUGGGUGGCAUGAAAAGGAGUCAAAAAAAAAAAAAAGAAAGCAAAGAAAAGCUCAUUUCCCUGCUGGUUUGAGUAAAUGUUUAAUCCCCAGCUCAAAGAAAAAGCAGCUCAAAAGUGCUUUUUUUCUCAGCAAGUCUGAACCAGUCAGCCCGGUGCCUCCUCCCUCCAGCUCACACCCUCCCUCCCGCCGCUCCGGAGGAACAUCCCAGCCUGCUCCAAGGUGCAGCUGGGCACCCGGGGCAGGCCGGAGCGGUGUCCAUACCCACCGGGUUGGGAGAGGGACCGGGAAGUUUGCCGGGCCCCUCUCCGGCACUGGCGGGACGGCGGCGUGCCCGGUGCAGGCAGCGCUGGCUCCCACGCUCCCGCUUGCCUGCACCGCUCCAGCGGCUGAAGUGCCUGGGAUGGGGUCCCCGCACUGGAAACGGCUCUGCCUUUUGCUCCUGGCGGGUUUAACGUCCUCCCUGCUCCUCUACGGUCACUACUACGCUACGGUGGAGUCGCCCACCGGCCAGCGGAUCAUGGCCAGCCUGCUGCAGCCAGAGCCGCUGGUCCUGGCUCUGCCGGGGACGUCGCGCCAAGCCGGCAGCCGCAGAUGGACCCCUGAAGGCAGCUUAGAGAGCGGGAAGUCCUCCAAGCCUUCGGCAGAGCUGGAGGAGCCCAAGCCCAGCAGAAAGCAGCCCAGCACCUGCCUCCGCUCGGUGAUGGCCAGAGCAAAGGCAGACCCCAAGUUUGGGGAGAUCUUCCGCUUCGACACCCCCGUGCUGAUGUGGGACCAGCACUUCACCCCAGAGACCUGGGACAGGCUGAAGACGAGACACGUCCCCUACGGCUGGCAAGGCUUGUCCCACGCGGUGGUGGGCAGCACCCUCCGGCUCCUCAACGCCUCCGGCAACAGGCACCUAUUCGACAGGGACGCCUUCCCCAGGGGCUGCGUCCGCUGCGCCGUGGUGGGCAAUGGCGGCAUCCUCAACGGCUCGCGGCAGGGCAAGGCGAUUGAUGAUCAUGACCUCGUCUUCAGGCUCAAUGGUGCCGUGAUCAAAGGCUUCGAGGAGGAUGUUGGGACCAAGAUCUCCUUCUACGGCUUCACGGUGAACACCAUGAAGAACUCCCUCAUUGCAUACGAGGAGUAUGGCUUCACCCAGAUACCCCAGGCCAAGGACCUGAGGUACAUCUUCAUCCCCUCGGACGUCCGCGACUACGUGAUGCUGAAGUCGGCCAUCCAGGGCAGCCCGGUCCCCGAGGGCUCGGACAAGGGGGAUGAGCCACAGAAGUAUUUCGGACCAGAGGCAUCUGCAGAGAAGUUCAAGCUGCUGCAUCCUGAUUUCUUGCGGUACCUGACAGCGAGGUUCCUGCGGUCGGAGCUCCUGAACACGCAGUACGGCUCGCUCUACAUGCCCAGCACCGGUGCCCUCAUGCUCCUCACCGCACUCCACACCUGCGACCAGGUCAGUGCCUAUGGGUUCAUCACCGCCAACUACGAGCAGUUCUCAGACCACUACUACGAGCUGGAGAAGAAACCGCUGGUGUUCUAUGCUAACCAUGACAUGAUGCUGGAGGCGGCGCUGUGGAGGAGCCUGCACCGAGCAGGGAUCAUGACUCUCUACCAGCGGUGAGGCCAGGUGGUGGCCCACGGGGGCAAGUCCAAGGACUCCCGUGGCAGCUUCUCCUCUUUCCCCAAGGCCACCUUCUCCCUCCUGAGGGCUCUCCCCAGCUGGCCAGCCAGCCCAAGGAGCAGCCCCUCCACACCGCAGCUGGUGGUGGUGGUGGUGGUAAGGGGCCAGCUGAAGCUGGUAUAGAGAAAUGCUGCGUUUCCUCGGGAAUCUCUGGCAACUUGUUACACGGUUCAGCAAGAUUGAAUGUGGCCUUUGGCGCACCAAGAAGCUCCACAGCAUGUGGCUGUGAGCUCCCAGCCCUGCGAACAGGGCUGGGAAGCACAGAAGGGAUAGGGUGAUACUGGAAGAGUAUGCUGGAGAUGUGUACGUGUGGCAGCCUCUGGAUGGAAGACACCCUUCACCUUGCCAUUGCACCCCAGCUCCAGUGGUCGUCACCGUGGUGGGACCAUAACAGGUGUGAUGAAUCCUUGGACUGGAAGGAUGGAGACUAGAUCAUCCAGGUGACAGGAAGGUGGUGUGUUUCGAGAACACCUCCCUCCCGGACUGCAGAAAGACAGCUCUGGGUCAACGUGUGCCGCUUUCCAGAAGGAUCUGUUUGCCUCCACGAUCUGUGGAAAAGCCAGCGGCUCGGCUGCUCUCUCCUGUGACAGACACACAGUGUGCCCUGUUAUUUCCCCCUUCUCUAGGUCAUGGUGUUUUCAGACAAGGACGGGUCUUCAAAGCCAUCAGCUAAGAGAAGGGAUACCAUAGCUCAGCUGGGACAGCAGAACCAUGGCUUGCCUCAGAGCAGCCUGGAGAUGAGAGCUGGCCUACAGCCCACGUGUGUGGUACUGGGUUUGGUGGGGUUUUCUUGCACCUGGUGCCCUCAAGUGCUUUGAGAGGGAAGCCCCAUGCCAGGUGGGUUAGGGAACUUGCUAGCUUAAUUUUUAUUUUUUUUUUUUCCUCCCAAGAAACCCCUGAGGGAGGUGAAGGUCUUAACUGUUCAGCCAUCCCAUGUAAGCAGCACUACUGAGGAAGACCCGCUGGGGAGGCCGCUCCAGCUGGUGGUGGCCAGAGGGGCAAUACGGCACGGCAGUGGUGUAACCCAAGGCACUUUCCCACUUUGUAUAAAUACAUGUUGAAUGAGUGGAGGUUUUAUGCCCGUUUCUGUUGUUUUGGCAAAUGGUGUGGGGGCGAGACCCCCUACCUUCAACCGGAGAAUGGCCACAAAGGCAGGGACGGGAGCGGGGUUAUGCCUGGUGCCCAGAUCUGCGGGAGCAACUCUGAGUGCAGUGUUUCCACUUUGGGAUGCUACUCCCCGUACGUCAGCUGGGGAGGAGUGAUCUACUGCAGAGAUGGUGAGAGGGAGCCUGGACGUGAGCCAGGGAACCUCCAGACCCCCUCAAGCUCAGGGCAGGCUGCUUUCAGCCAGUUCAAAUGAGCAUUACAGAAGACUAGGCUGUAAACCCGUUUCUGAUGUAAUCUCUAGCUUGGAGCCUAUCUUGUGUUCCCAGGUCUCAAAUUAACCUUUGUUCACAUUGAAGCCACCUUACAAUGGUACCAAGGCAGCCUGUUAGGCCUGUUUUUUUAUUCCAAGCACUCAGCAAAACCUCUUUCAUGACAAGAACAAACCUGAUCCUCGCAUCUCCUGACCAAGACGGCACCAAAACCUCCUUGAACCAGCUCUGGCUGAGCCUCAGCACGGCCUGCACAGGUAACAUGGGGAUCAGCAGCACCUCAACGCACAGGGCAAAACAAACAGGUUUUUAAAAACAAGCACAGCAUCCUGCCAGGGAUCCCAUCCAGCUCCUGGGCAGAGCUGUUUGUGCAGGUCAGGAACUACAACGCACACCCUCCUUUCCCAUUGCGAAAAGGGAAGAUUUCUAGCCAAGGGUGUAGCCUGGCCCUGGAGUUAAACACACUCCACUCUAAGGGCUUACCAGACAAAGAACCCAUGGCUGUACCACUGCCUCUCACAUCUCCCUUAUCUUUGCGCUUCCAAGCAGACCACAAGAACCAUUUCUGUCACCAAGGCUAGCUUAGCUGUAAGCAGUUUUGUCACAGUUACCACAGAUUGCUUUUCUUCAACUUUCAGCGUCUGCAGACACUGAAGUCUUUAGGUAUCAGGGAGGAGCAGGUUUUGCUAUGAAGGGUAAGCUCACAACUACUUGAAUUUCAGGAAGCGUUUUAACCCAAAAUCCUUUCUACCUGCUCAAACCCAUUUCUGUUCAAGCAGAUAACCUUUAAAAACAAACAAAUAAAAACCAACUUAAACUCCCAAGA